GGUAAUUACAAACGUAUUCGGUACUCGAAUGUCUUACUCUGGAACAAAAAGUCGCAAAUCUAAUCAUUUAGUAGCGCAAACAAAUGCAUCAGUCAAAAGGUUGAAGACCGCGGCAAAUGAGAAGAAUUUCUACUGGUCGAGAUUAAUCCUUCGUUUCAUUGUAUUUUGUAUAGCAGUAACUGCUUGCUACUUACAUUGGUUUCAUGUUUCAAAUCUCCAUGAAAAUGAUCUUUUUUUCUCGCAUUUAUCCAAUAUGGAACGUGAACUGACAUUCAGAACUGAAAUGGGGUUUUAUUAUUCUUAUUUUAAACAGAUGAUUUUAGCACCGACUUAUAUGGAUGCAUUCAAUUCACUGCUUACUGAUAGUAGAACAGAAUAUCCGCCUUGUUUAAAUUUGACCGGUAACACAGAUAAUGAUCAAGAUGUUAAUUGUUCAAAGCUUAAUGCUAUUGAACGCUUCAAUUUAUUCCCUGAAUUAUUGUUAGCUGGUGCUUACAGAUACUUAAAUUCAAUUGGUUUAAUUAAACGUUAUUGUUUUCAAGUGAAAAGAGAUCCACCUGUUCAUCCUAUCGCAAUAGCUAUAGAUUCUGAUGUUAUGAAGAAUUCUGCACAACUUAAAAAACUAGAUGUGAUACCAACUCAUCAACUGAAGAUCAGCAAUACAUCUAUUAUCAGUUGUGAAGGAUCUGGAGAACCACCAUAUUUCUAUGUGAAUUCAGUUUUCAUUUUGUCAGGUUUAAUACUUUUUGGUCUUACAUACUCUGGUUGGUUGAUUGCAAGAUUUGGAAGCGUAAACCGAUCCAAGAGUGAGCUGUUCAUCUCACUUUUCGGUGCAUUUAUACCCGUUCUAGCAUAUUUCUCUAAUCAUAGAGAAGCUACUCGUGUUCAGUGGACUCCACCGUUAAGGGAGAGCUUUGCUUAUCCAUUCUUUGUACUUCAACAGGCUUUUCUACUUAGUCAGUUUAGAUCUCAGAAAAUGUUACCAUCAAGCCUAUUGAAAACUUUCAUUUCUUCCCUAGCCUACUGUAUACUUCUGUUAGGUUUUCAACUACCCUGGCAAUUUGCUCAAUUCGCUUUACUUACUCAAAUUAUAUCUAUCCUAUGCGCAUUGUUUAUAACGCUAACAGCGAAUCCACCUAAUUCUAUACACCAGAAAUCAAUCACUAUAAAUCUUUUAUUAACAGUGAAACGAAUACUUCGAAUUCAUUUAUUCGUAUUCAAUUUAUCUUUUAUAUUACAAUAUGGUAAUCGUUUACUACUUCAAUCUGGUUAUUUAUUUUGUCUGUUUGGCAGUUUACUGACUGUGUACAUACUUCAACAAUUAAUAGAGACUUUCGACAUUAUGAAAAGUAACGAGAAAAAGAAGAAGAAGAAAAAGAAUGAAUUGUUGUCUACAUUCUCAUCAAUAUUACAUACUCCUUUCAUACGUUUUCUAUGCUUACCAGUAAUAAUUACUUGUAUUGCAACAGUUGGAUUUGGGAUUAUCGUCUCAUGCCUUUUGAAAUAUACUUCUGUUGGAGGCAACAAUUUAUCACCAAAUGAUGAUGGUGGUCAUAUAUGGGAUUUAUUGAAGCAUAAAUUAAGUAUAUUUGUUGGUACCGGUUAUAAAACAUUUCAUACAAUGUUAUAUGUUUGUGCACCUGAAUUCGAUUUCAUUAGUUGGAUGGCUUUAAAGCAGCCCUUUGAAACUGGUCUUCUAUUCGGUGCCAUAUUGGCGUGUUGUAUUGCCUGUUUUAAACCAGUCAAAAGUUUGUUCACUUCUUCUAAUACUGCAUCAACACCCACGCAUGCUCAAUCAUCUAGCAAUGAUAAUUACCUGAACUAUGGAUACACAUUCAAAAUAUUUAGAGAUUUUAUUUCCUUAUUAGUUAUCAUACAGAUGCUGAUUUUCACGGUAAUGGCUGUUUUCAUAAUGAGAUUGAAAUUAUUCUGGACACCGCAAAUGUGCCUUUCACUUGCCAUAUUAGCUCAGUCAUCCCGAUGGUUUGAUAUAUUUUAUCUAUUGAAAAGUGUCGGUGGUCGAAUUUUCUGUAAACCGACAUCAAAUGAUGUUUGUAAGCCUGAAAAACAGAAAAAUGUUCAAAAUCGAGUUGUUUACAUUAUUUAUACAGUGCUUGUGUUAUUUGUAGCAUUCAUGGGUGUACGUGGAUUAGAAAAUGUUAAGUCGGAAUGGAAGAUACAAGGUUCAUUUAGUAAUUAUGAAAAUGAGGUAUUGAUUGGUUGGUUUCGAAAUUUACCACAAAAGUAUGGUAACUCCAGUUCAUGGAUAAUAUCUGGUCCAAUGUCUCUGUUAGGCAAUCUACGUUUAACACUGCCAGCUUCUGCUCCUUAUCCAUCAACACAAAGCAUAUCAAUAAAUCAGUCAGGAUUUGCAUUUACAAACCAUCCACACUAUGAGAAUACAAUUCUUCGUCAUAGGACUAUUUUAGCCUAUGCAAUAUAUAGUCGCAGACCUGUACACGAAGUAUGGCGAAUUUACCGUUAUUCUUUAAAAACUGAUUUUGUUAUCGUCGAAGGGCAUACAUGUCCACCUAGAGGAGGAUGCAGUAAACCGGAGCUUUAUGAUUUACUAGAUCCACAACUGAUUGGACAACCAGCAUUGUGUGAAUCAUUGUUAUCUGUACAAGUUUCACAGACUGGUAAAACACCGAGUAUUUUGAAACCAUAUUUUACAGUUGUGUACGUUGAGUCAUAUACAAACAGAGUUGUACUAUAUGUAAAUAAGCUUGACUAAAUAUAACUUGAUAUAAUUUGGCAUAAAUAUGAGAGCUAUUGACAAGGAAAUGCCCGGUGUUCAGUUCAAUGGAGAAAUAAACCACCUGGAAAUAUUUUCACUAAUUGGUUACGGUACUAUAAACACGUUUUACAUCCAUCUCCGAUUAUUUUGUUCCUGUGUUGUUAUAUCAUGUUAUACAAGAUGUGUUGUUGUACAUGACAAACUAUGGUUUAUGUGAAUAAAUU